UCGAAAACAACAACAGCGUGAUCUGAUCUGAACAACAGCCGCCAAGCUGCUUUCUUUCUUUCACUCUUUUCUUUUUAAACACUUAAACGUGCACACUGAUUAUUUCCACAGCGAUGGCCGCCUGACGGUUCGGUCCGGAUUAUACGGUUGCUAUUUCUUGCCGUUUCUCCACACAUUUGGCUGGGAUUAAAGUGUUUAUGUUUCCUUAUGUUUGAGCGUCUUCCGGCGGCGGUGGUGGCGGCAUUAGCGGUGCCAUGAAUAGCGGACUCCCGGUCUCGGCUGCUCCGCUCGGCGGUGUCGGAAUACCGGGCGUCAAGGUGAAAUUCUGCCGCUAUUACGCGAAAGAUAAGACUUGCUUUUAUGGCGACGAUUGUCAGUUUCUGCAUGAGGAUCCGACCGCGGCGAACGCUGUGCACGGCGGAGGAGGAGGAAGCAGCGGAAGCCCGGUGACUUUAGCCCUCGCCGGCGGGGCAGUGAGCACCGCGGCGGCGGCUGUAGCAGGGUAUCAACUCGCUGGGAACGCAGUAGCGGCGUGUUCGAGUGGAGCUCCAUCGGGUGUCUCCAAAAAGAGUGAUGCCCUCGGGCCUGCAGGAGCGGCUCUGGACGGCCAGUUGUUGAGCAUCACAGGGAUGGAUGCUGGAGCGCUCAGUGAUGCAAAUCUGACCAACUCAUAUUUCAGCAGCAGCUUUAUUGGAGUAAAUGGGUUUGGAAGCCCAGCAGAGUCCAAAUACUCAAUGAUGCAGAGGAUGACCAGUAGCAGCAGCUCCCCGAGUCUCCUUAAUGACGGUGCCAAGAAUUUCAGCCACAGCGCUCAUGAUCCUGUAAGUUCCCCCAAUUCCUCGCUGUUUAGUGACUUUGGUGCUUUGGGUAUAGCACAGAGGAGAAAGGCUCCUAACCCCGCUGCCACGGAGUUCAUCCCUAAAGGAGCACCGCGCAUGUCCGCCAUCUCUCAGGCGGCCGUGCCGACAUUCCCCUCACCGCUAUUCUCACAUCCUGGUCUGGGUGGCUCAGCUGCAGCAGGACUUGCGCCUGGUAUGUCUUUGUCUGCUGGCUCAUCUCCUCUCCACUCGCCCAAAAUCACUCCCCAUACCUCACCUGCGCCCCGGCGCCGUAGCCACACCCCUAACCCCAACCCAGCCAAUUACAUGGUGCCCACCACGGCUUCGGAGCAAGCAGCCGCCGCCCACAUCAUACAAAAGGAGACUGUCGGCGGAACCACCUACUUUUACACCGAUAACACCCCUGCUCCCAUGGCUGGAAUGGUGUUUCCAACGUACCAUCUCUACCCACAAACAGCGCCUCAUGUGGCGUACAUGCAGCCCAAAGCCAACGCUCCAUCCUUCUUUAUGGCUGACGAGCUCAGACAGGAGUUGAUUAACAGGCAUUUGAUAACGAUGGCCCAAAUUGAUCAGUCUGAGAACCCAGGAGUCCCAUCUGAGGUAGACAGCUACCACAGCCUCUUUCCCUUGGAGCCUCUUCUGCCCCCAAACCGCCUCCAGAAAACCAGCAACUUCAGUUACAUCACUUCCUGUUAUAAGGCAGUCAACAGCAAAGAUGACCUUCCUUACUGUCUCAGGAGGAUACAUGGCUUCAGGCUGGUGAACACCAAGUGCAUGGUGCUGGUUGACAUGUGGAAGAAGAUCCAGCAUUCCAACGCCGUCACUCUCCGUGAAGUCUUUACCACCAAGGCUUUUGGAGAUCACUCGUUGGUGUUCUCUUACGACUUCCAUGCCGGGGCUGAGACCAUGUACAGCAGGCACUUCAACGACCCAACGGCUGACUCUUAUUUCACCAAGAGGAAGUGGGGCCCUCACGAGCCUCCUCCUCCUCGGCAGCAUGCUGGGCUGCUGCCCGAGUCUCUGAUCUGGGCCUACAUUGUGCAGCUGAGCUCGGCCCUGCGCACUAUCCAUACUGCUGGCCUGGCCUGCAGAGUCAUGGACCCCAGCAAGAUCCUUAUCACUGGAAAGACUCGGUUACGGGUGAACUGUGUAGGUGUGUUUGAUGUCUUAACAUUUGACAACAGUCAGACUAACCACUUGGCCCUCAUGCCCCAGUACCAGCAAGCAGAUCUGAUCUCUCUUGGGAAGGUGGUGUUGGCGCUGGCCUGCAACUCUCUAGCCGGCAUUCAGAGAGAGAACCUGCAGAAAGCCAUGGAGCUCGUGUCCAUCAACUACUCAUCCGACCUCAAGAACCUCAUCCUAUACCUGCUAACGGAGCAGAGUCGCCUGCGCAGCGUCAAUGACAUCAUGCCCAUGAUCGGAGCCAGAUUUUACACUCAACUGGACGCUUCACAGAUGAGGAAUGACGUCAUUGAGGAAGAUCUGGCCAAGGAGGUGCAGAACGGCCGCUUGUUCCGCCUACUGGCCAAACUGGGAACCAUCAACGAGAGACCAGAAUUCCAGAAGGAUCCGACGUGGUCAGAGACGGGGGAUCGCUACCUGCUGAAGCUCUUCAGAGAUCACCUGUUCCACCAGGUGACUGAAGCAGGCACGCCUUGGGUCGACCUGAGCCACAUUGUGUCUUGUCUUAAUAAACUGGAUGCUGGAGUACCAGAGAAGAUCAGCCUGGUGUCCCGGGAUGAGAAGAGUGUUCUGGUGGUGACCUACUCUGACCUAAAACGCUGCUUUGACAGCACCUUCCAGGAACUGCUGGCUGCCUCCAAUGGCUCGCUGUAGCGCCCCUCGCAGGCAUGGGGUGGGACUGCCUGAAUCGGAGCACAUUGCACUACAGUGAACGAAGACGGGCACAGCGCGAACGGCCAGACCGGAGCCAGCUGGUUGCUCACCUCCAGUCAGAUACACUGUCCUAAAAGGAAGUUGUACUUUUUUUUUCCUAAAGUGUAUUUUUUUAGUUUUCCUAAACUCACAGCUGCUGAAUUCUGAACAUGUUGGUGGCUGUGAUGAAUUUUUUUAGACUUCGGGGAACAACAACAACAUCAUUGUCGAAAAACUUUAAGGACAAUUACCUGCUUUUAUUUUUUUUUGUUUUUAUGUUGUCUUUUUUCCCAUUGGAGGAUGCACUAAGAAUUUUAAGUUUUUUCUUUUUAAAAAAAAAUAAUGAAAAUCAUGUAGGUUGUGUACAGAGGGUGAUACAAAAAAAGGACAAGGUUUCCAAUGUGGAGAAAAGCGGUCUCCUCCUUAGGCACUGCGAGUCGGGACAGACCACUUGCCAAGGGCACAGAACCCAGACCACGUUUUGCCUCCGCUGUCAUUUAGAUGAGACAAACCAAUGUGCUUGUAAGAGAGGGGGGCGUGUGGGGUUGGGUGGCCAAAUCACUACUGACCACUGUUUGAAUGUGAGGCUUGUGGUAGUGUGUGUGUGGUGUGUUCCCAGUGACCCUCAUCCCCUCCACGCCCCACCCCCUCACCAGCUGGUGAAUCAAAGUCACAUGUGAUGUGUAAAGAGAAGGUGGCUUCAUUACUGCCCGGGUUCUCGCUCUCUGUCCAUGUAACUUUGGUGGCACUGACAAAGGGGUGCUUACUCCUGUUGCUGUGUAAGACAUUAUCAGACUUAUGCAACCUCCAUUCUUUUUUUUUUUUUUUUUUAAAUUAAUUAAUAUUUUCUUGGAUGCUUUUUGCAAUGUGACAUGAAUCAACGAUCGCGAGUAUCAAUUUUUUUUUUUUGUUUUGUUCGUUUGUUGUCUUUUUUGAAUCAGGCUUUUUAGGUCUGGAAAGGAACCAAAGAACUGGACCACAUUUACGAAGGGAACCAGUUCUGCCUCUGUGGAAUGUCCUCUCAAUAUGCCCCCUUUCUGUGGAGCAACCAUUUAGAUUAUGCUCACAUCACACACGCUCUCUUUCUCUCUCCAUUACCCCAACCUGCCUUGUUUUUUGUUAUUUUAACCCCAUCAUUGUCUUGAGGCUGCUGAUCAUAUUUUGGACUGAAUCGAUAGGUCUUAUCUGAUUUCCAAUCGGUUCUUUUCUUUUUCACACCCAGCUCUUGUGUGAUGAUGUAUGAUGGGAUGUUCGAACUCUCACUCUGACCCAACCCACUAUUAAACCCUCUGGGAAGGAUCAUGAAAGGGUUGGGGCAGUUUGAGGUUUGUGUUUGAAUGGUUAACACAUUUCUCACCUCAAGAUCUUGUGGCAGCAUGCUGGAAAAGCAGGAAAUCCAUCAGCAACCCGGCAGGUGGAAGGGUGGGGGUGGGAGUCUGGUGAGGGCAGGGGUUUGGGGGCUUUGGUGUGUGUGCGUGGGCGGUUGUUUUUGCACUUGGAGCGGUUUUGGCAUUCUCUCAGGACGACUCGACGAGAAUUAAACCAAUGAUUGAAUGUGUUUUGACCUGUCAUUGGUUUCCUUUCCAAUCAUGAGUCGAGCUACAGGGAAAAUGGUCCGACGUGAGCAGGUCUGGUUGAGCCACAGCAAACAUGGAUGGAGCAUGUUAAACUGAACUGAUGUGAGGAUGCUGGGUUUCCAGUUACAUUUUUUUUUUUUGUAGUUUUAUUUCUUUAGCGGUGAAUCUGGUGCCAAGCCUCUCUUUUUUUUCUCCUUGUUUUUUUAAAAAAAAAAACAAAAACAAAACAAAAUACACACUUGAGUCCUUCCAGUUAAUCCAGCCAACACACAGCUAAUUCUCAUCAUCUCACAUAUGACCCUGUUCUCCAAUGAACACACUCCAGACAAAUGUGCUAACCCUUACACACACACACACACACACACAAAAGAUCUUAGUACUUUUAAUGCCCUAUUGUGUUUCAUUGUCUCACAUUUUGCAAUAUUUGUGUGUACAACAGUAUUUUAAUAAAGAAUACAAAACUUUACAAAGUUA